CGGCGCGGAGUUUGGAGAAAUUGAUUGGUCGGAGAGAAUGGUGAAAGUGAUCGAUUCGCAUUACCUAGCUAUCACCGCCAUUGUCACCGUAAUGUAUCAAUUCAUAUUCUUCGUAAUCACAGCUCUUUUCAAAUUUGAUCAAGUUACAGACUUUGCCGGAAGUACUAAUUUCGUGAUACUUGCUGUAUUGACUCUGGUUCUCAAAGGGACAUUUCAUUUUCGUCAGAUAGUGUUGACUGUGCUAGUAGUCGUAUGGGGACUUCGUCUGGGACUGUUUCUCCUAAUGAGAAUCUUGCAAUGGGGUGAAGAUCGACGCUUUGAUGAAAUGCGUGGAAAUAUUGGGAAACUUGUAGUCUUUUGGACUUUUCAGGCUGUGUGGGUUUGGACAGUUAGUCUACCCGUUACCUUUGUUAAUGCAAGCAACGGUGGAAGAUUGUUUCAGCCCGCAGAUGUUAUAGGUUGGACAAUGUGGGUUGCAGGGUUCUUGAUUGAAACUAUAGCUGAUCAACAAAAGCUUUCAUUCAAGAACUGUCAAGAAAACAAAGGAAGAUGGUGUGAUGUUGGUAUAUGGAAGUAUUCUCGCCAUCCAAACUACUUCGGUGAGAUGUUACUCUGGUGGGGGAUAUAUGUGGCUGCAUUGCCUGUGCUUAAAGGUGUUGAGUACCUUGUCAUAGUUGGACCACUCUUUCUCACUUUGCUACUUUUCUUCGUUAGCGGCAUACCAUUACUCGAGGAAUCUGCGGACAAAAAGUAUGGUAACUUGGGAGCUUAUAGACACUAUAAGAAGACAACUAGCCCUCUGAUUCUGUUACCGCGAGGAGUGUAUGGGUACUUACCUAAAUGGUGCAAGACUGUCUUUCUCUUUGAGUUUCCAUUGUACAGCCGGAAUCUCCCUCAAGAAACUACUACAGUCUGGGAUAGAGGAAACUCGAAUAAGAAGAGCCAGAAAAGUAUUGACUGAGAGAGAGAGAGAGAGAGAGAGAUGGCUAUUGUAAUUUUUGUCCAUCUCCUAGUUCUACCUUCAUGAUCAAACUCUCUUUUUUUUUUGUAUAGAUUCUCGUUUGUCUUUGAAUACAUGUGAAAAGUAAAUGAUACAUUGAUUGUGAAUACAAUAAGAUUCAAACCAAGCUUAAAAAAAUGUUGGAAGGAAAAUUACA